CACAGAACCAUCCAGGCUAGUGUGUUUUGAUGAGACUGUAUUGUUUUAAGCAUUUAUCAGGACACUGGUAAAAACAAAAGUUGGUGUUCUGUACCCUGUGUAAUGCUCAUAGCGACAGUGACUCUGCCAUAUAAAUACAACACUGACCUCGUUACAUUGGUUCAGACUCCUGGAAAUGAUUUUAAAAGAUCUCCUUAUCCUGCUUGUUGUGCUGUCACUAGCACAAGCAUCCUCGCCUCAGCAUAUCAUUCAUCCCAAAUUUCUACAUCUGGGUAAGUGAUUAUGGUAAUCUAUCGAUUCUAUGCACCGUGGAUAUUGAAUAUUUUUGGGGAACAACUAAGUUAAGUCUUGGCCAGGGCUGUUGAACUAUAAGCUAUUUGCCCUAAAAUAUUUCUAUUCAGCUCUCGUUACUGUCAGGCAAUGGUUCACUUUCUAGUUAAACUGCUGAAUAACCUUGGUUCAACACCCCUGGUAAAUGCUUUAAUUUAUAUUGAAUUCUUCCUUGUAUUUCUAAAACAUGGACUUCCAUGUUGCAUAUUUAUUUUAAAAAUAGGUCAACUUAAAAUGAUUUUUGUGCUUUUUUUUUGUCGUAUUGUCUGUUUGCAUGAUAACAACAUUUAUUUAAGUUAAUAAAACAUUAUAUAUUUUCGAGUAUUUUUCGAGUACUAUUGUUGUAGUUUGGUACGAACUAUAAAUAAAACAAAAAUGUAUGGUUAAUAGAAACUAAACAUUUCUUUUAUUUAAAGAAUCUAUUGUAGUAGAACAUGGUUAUUGUUGAGGUUUUGAUUGAAAAGUAAAAAUAUUUUGAAAUUGGGUCAGUGUCGUGGUGACAGAAGGUUCUUUUUUGGAAGAAUCCCUCAGGGCUCGAUGUUUGGACAGAAUGUAUUCCUUGUAGCCAAGCCAUCUGUAGACCAUUCGAGACUUAUUAUGUAAUGGUUCACAAGCAACUAUGUACACAGAAGGGUUCUGCAUAACUCUUUAAAGGGUUAUUACAAAUUACAGAUGGAGAUACUCAAGUCAUGUCAAGCAUUAAGGAGGACUUACAGAACUCUUAGAUGUCCCUCUUUCUGAUAAUUAUAUUACUUGGUAAACUUACACCACUAACAGCAUGAUUCAAUGUACGAAUUUAGGAAAAAUGUACGGAACCCUGGGACCCAAUACACAAUGAUGUAAUAAUUAUAUUUUUACUGGGAUAUUCGCAGAGCGUAAAGAGAACUUUGAUCUGCUUUGCACAUGGCAAGAUUAGCCAUAGAGUAACACCCACCACUUCUUGUUCAUUAUUUAAUGAAAGUUAGUAUUUUAACUGCCCUUUUGUGUUUAAGGUUAUAAUAAUUUAGGGUUGUCCCAACCCCCUUUUAAUCAGCAGUGUUUUGUUUUGUUUUUUGUGAAAUUACAAAGUUAUAUUUAAAAAUGUAAUAUGAACAUUGAACUCUCAUUUUUAUCUACUACAAUAUUGAAGAAUGAUUUUUUAGUGACCGGACCAUUUUUCAAUUUUCUUACCGUUAAGGACCAGGGCUGUUUUUACAUUUCUGCUGUGUUUGUGUUUAGCUGUAAUUUUUCUCUUACUCAUCUACUGUACCCACCGAUUUAACCCUGUCAUUUUCAAAAACACAACAAAACCUGUACAUAGGGGGUACUGUUAUACUCAGAAACUUCACUGAACACAAAUAUUAGUGUUUCAAAACAGUAAAAUGUAUCACAACAAUAUCAUCGGUUAAAGUGUUGUUUUUGGGUGAAAAAUGCAAAAAAACUUAAUUUUCACUGACAAUAUCAUUGCUGUGAUAUUUUACUGUUUUGAAACACUAACAUUUGUGUUCGGCAAAGAAUACCGAGUAAAACAGUGCCAACCCCCCACCUCCCAUGUACAGGUUUUAGAGUGUCUUGGAAAGUUACAGGGUUAAAUAUAGUGCUAGCAAAUUAAAUUCUCUGGACUUUCGUCCUGAGUUGUCAGGCAGGUCCCACAAAUUGCAAUCAAUAAAAUUACAUAAUUAUGUAAAAAUAUUACAUAAAUAUGCACGUAGAAUUGAAAUAUAUAUACAUAUUUAUAUAUUUGAAGUCUACAAGUAUAUUUGAGAUUAUUUAUGUAAUAAUGUAUAUGGACAUGUAUAUUUCGUAUUAUUGUUAUAUACAUAGAUAUAUAUAAUUUCAUUUUAAGUAUUUUGUUAUGAAUAUAUAAAUAUUAAUAUCAAAAUACAAUAAAAUUACAUAUAUAUAUAUAUAUAUAUAAUUUUUGUAAAAUUAUAUUUACAUUUUUUAAUUAUUAUUUAUGUUUUAUAACAUAUCUAUAUAUAUAUAUAUAUAUAGCGAGGGCUUGCACUCCUGGUGUAAUCCUGUGGUGCCCGGUGCUGGUCUGGCAAGGAUCAUGUAGACAUAGCAGAAAUUACUGCGUGUUUUGUCCUGAUGAAAGCUCCAUGUGGGAGCUGAAACAUUGACUUUUUAAAUUGAUUGAAUAAAAGUUAAAUUUUAUUUGAAAAUCUCUACAAAGUCCUUGGAGUGUGGUCAUUUCUGCUAUGUCUAUAUAUGUGUUUGUGUAAUUUUACUCCAAGUGUUUUUUUAAUUGGUACACUCUGGUACUGUGGAUUUCGUCUACCUGUGAUAGGGAAGAUAUCUUCAAAUAUUGUUCUAGAAAAUGUAAUCAAAAUUUGGUUAAAAAUCCAAAAUUACUCUAAAAUCCAAGCUCGGAUUAAAAAAUUUAAUUAUAAGAUCAUUAGAUGUAGAGAUUAAAACAGAGAAUGUGGUAGAUAUUCAGUUGAUUAGAUGGAGAGAAAAUUUAUUAGUAGAAAACACAAUUAAAUCCUUCCAAAAUUUAAAGCAGGAAUUUCUCUUAAAUGAUAAAGAAAUCUUUACUUAUCUUCGUAUAAAGGUUUUUAUUAAAACAUCUUUAUUAGUAAACCACCUAAGAAACUUGACUUCAAUAUAAUUACUUUUAAAUAGACAAUAAGUCAAUAAACUUCUUACUAAUCAGAGAAUAAAACUAAUAUACCUGCAAUAAAAAAAUGGUCUACAUAGUUACAUAGCUGAAAAGAGACUUGCGUCCAUCAAGUUCAGCCUUCCUCACAUAUGUUUUUGCUGUUGAUCCAAAAGAAGGCAAAAAAACAAAGUAUGUAGCACUUCCAAUUUUGCAACAAACUAGGAAAAAAUUCAUUCUUGACCCCAAAAUAGCAUUCAGAUGUCUCCUUGGAUCAAGCAGCUAUUACCCCACUAAUUAAAAAUGAUAUCCCUGUAUGUUAUGUAUUUGCAAGUAUUUAUCCAAUUUCAGUUUAAACAUCUGUAUGGACUCUGAUAAAACCACCUCUUCAGGCAGAGAAUUCCAUAUGCCUUAGAUUAAAUCUCCUUUCUUCCAGCCUAAGUAUGUGACCACGUGUCCUAUGUAUAGCCCUGUUUAUGAACAGAUUUCCAGAUAAUGAUUUGUACUGGCCCGAAUAUAUUUGAAUAAUGUUAUCAUAUCCCCUCUGAGGUGCCGUUUUUCCAAACUAACGAGAUUUUAAUUUUUUAAUCUUUAUAACUAAAAUGCUCCAUUCCUUUUAUCAAUUUUGUAGCUCGUCUCUGCACUUUUUCUAAUGCCAUGCUAUCCUUCUUUAGAACAGGUGCCCAAAAUUGCACAGCAUAUUCAAGGUGUGGUCUUACCAGCAAUUUAUAAAGAGGCAAAAUUAUAUUUUCAUCUCGAGAAUUUAUGCCCCUAGUUAUACAUGACAAAACUUUAGCCUUAGCAACUGCAGAUUGACUUUGCAUAUUGCUGCCUAAUUUGUUGACUAUAGCAGUUCCCAAAUCCUUCUCAUGUGUGGUUAUCCCUAAUUCACUACCAUUAAGGGUGUAAUUUGCUUGUGCAUUCUUGACCCCGAAGUCCAUAACUUUGCAUUUCUCUACGUUAAAUUUCUUCUGCCAUUUUAGUGCCCAAUCCCCCAACCUAUCCAAAUCCCUCUACAGCAAAGCAAUAUCCUGCUCACAUUUGAUUACUUUACAAAGGUUUGUGUCAUCUGCAAACACUGAAACAUGGCUUUCAAUGCCCAUUUCAAGAUCACUUAAAAUAUGUUAAAAAGAAGCUGUCCCAAAACAGAACCCUGAGGGACACCACUUACCACUUUUGUCCAGUCUAAAUUUACCAUUAAUGACAAGCUGUUGUACUCUAUCCUUAAGCCAAUGUUCUACCCAAGAACAAGAAUAAUAAUCAUCAAGACCAAUUUCCUUUAGUUUGAUGACUAACCUUUUGUGAGGAACCGUAUCAAAUGCCUUGGCAAAAUCCAAGUAGAUCACAUCAAGUGCAAAAUCCUGAUCAAUACUUCUACUUACUUCUUCGUAGAACACAAUAGGUUAGUUUGACAUGACCUAUGUUUCCUAAAACCAUGCUGAUUACUGCUAAUAACAAAGUUCUUCCCAAUGAAUUCCUGAAUAUUAUCCCUUAAUAGCCCUUUAAAUAUUUUCACAGUCACAGAAGUUAAGCUCACAGGUCUAUAAUUUCCAGGCAAGGAUUUUGAACCCUUUUUAAAUAUAGGAACAACAUCUUCCUUCCUCCAAUCCUCCGGUACAAUACCUGAAACAAAAGAAUCUUGAAAAAUUAAAUACAGAGGUUCAAUUAUUUCCCUACUUAGCUCCUUAAGUACUCGUGAGUGAAUACCGUCAGGCCCCGGAGCUUUAUUGACAUUCAUUUUCUCUAAUAGCUGUAGCACCUUGUCUCAAGUUAUCCAAUCACAAGUUAUCUGCAAGUUUUUUGCAGCAAACAUUUGCAUAUCUCUUGCCACAGGAUCCUCAUUAAUAUAUACUGAAGAAAAAAUAGUUAUUUAACAUUUCUGCCUUUUCCUGGUCUUCAUUAACUACCAAUAUAUAUAUACAGAUAUAUUUUAAAGAACUAAACUUGAAUAUUUCGAUUGAGAAUUGGCAACAAGCAAUUGCCAAAACUAACAAAUAUAUACACUGUAUUAACCUCCAAGAAAACCAGUACAAAUUUAUGAAUAGGUGGUACUGGGUUCCUACAAAACUAAAAUGUGUAUAUCCAUCAAUUUCAGAUGUAUGUAUGCAGUUUGAUAAAGACAUUUUGUAACAGGAUUUUUGUAUUUUUAAGAGACCAAGGAAUAACUCUACUUAAAAAACCCAACAGAAUGCUAUAUUACAUCUACUGGAAGAAAAACGUCGGGAGAGAGAAACACUACUUAUUAUUCACGCUCUAAAUGUUUCAAAAAUUCUAAUCGCCUGAUAUUGGGAACAAUCAAAAACACCAAGUAAUUCAGAAUUCAAACAGCAAUUAGAAUACCAAUUAAAGAUGGAAGCAGGAUUAGGAUGGCAAGAUAAAACAUAUCUGUCGUAACCUUGGCCAGAGACACUUAGAUCAAUCAAUUCUCUAUUCAAGGUAAAUUGCCACUGACCGCCAUGUAAAUGGACUUUAAGACCCCUACUUGACUUCAAUAUUUGAUAAACAGACAACUAAGCAUCUUGACUUUACUUUUUCCCUGCCCCAGCAGUCUAUUUGAAUUAGGAAGCAGAUAUACCAAAUACACUGUCUGUUAAGUGUAUAUUUUAAAUGGUAAAUAAAAAUCACAAAUAGCAAAAAUGCUAUUUUUUUUGCUUAUUUAUGUGACUUUCUAGGGACUGAAGCUAUGAAUGAGUUUUUGUAUAAAUAUAUAAACAAAGGGGUUUAAAAAUAUUGUAUCAAAUGUAUCAAUAAUGUUAAUUUUAAUAUAUACAUUUAGCCAUAUUAUUUUUAUUAUUACUAGCGUAUAAAUAGUGUCAACAUAAUCUGCAGCGGUGUACAAUUGGGGGUUGCGGGGUAGAACAAUAUACACAGACCAAAAAGUUAAAGAAGUGCUUGUCUGUGAGCUAAGAUCUAGUCAUUGAAGCUCUUUUAGACAAAGUGGUUCAGUGAAAUAGCCUGUGUGCUCACAAUCCAUAUGUCAACAGCCCUUGAGAAACUAAAAACAGCAAAAUCACGUGAUUCAAAGCAUCAUUAUAAUUGGGUAAUAAUGACCGCUCUGAGUGGAGCACGUUAGAAGGUUAAAAAAUUAAAUUAGCAUAGAGUUUUAACCUUGGAGGUAUUUUUUAUAAAGAAAAAACACACUGACACACUGCACAAACCUUGUAUAAAACAGUCAUUUUGUUGUCUGGUUGUUAGAAAGAGUACUCACAGUAAAGUCACUGCAUUAGUAUCACUACCACCCUGGGGUCCUGGCAACAGUAUUGACACCUCCAAGUCAGUUAAGGGUCUUCAUUCCAGAUUUGACUCUACCUCAUCAAUAUCACCUUGACUUCCGGUUAACCUCGCUCUACAGUUGACACUUGACAAAUUUAAUCGAUUCUACUUAGUCCUCAGUCCAAAGUGGCCUAGUCUCCUUAUAUAAAAUAACAGCGUCAUUUGAGCACAGUGUUAUGAUUACUAGGUCAUGGUCGCAUCACAUGGCUUCAAAUAAACUGAACUGACGCAACUGUAACAGAUCCCCCUGUUUUGCGUUGGAUCUAUAAUAUAUGUUGUACCAGCGUCCUACCCUGUUGCCUGGGAACCUCUACCUUUUAACUUCCUGCCAUCAUCCACAUUGCCCUGCACCUAAGGACAAAAACUGUUUCUGGCCCUUUAAUUGUGCUGUGCAAAGAAUGGGUACAUUUGAUAUGGCACUUCGGAUACAGCCGAAGUGCCGAAGUAGUCGAAGUGGCCGCCAUUAGACAGUGGCGGCGGCCAUUUUAAUACAGCUGAAUGCGGUCAGCGGUGUGUGCCAUCAAAUCUCUGGAACGGAAAUCGGUCACACAUUUGCACGAACACCGCUGACCUGUACCGUCCCCUACCCUUCGACACUGCGGCUGGAGACUAAGUCCCAUUCGAAGAUUCAAACACACGUUCGAAUGGGACUUUGUCAUCUUUUUCAUGUGAAAUAGACUACCACUCACCUAACGACCACCGAGGAAGUUUAAUCCCGUUUUACUUCGACAGAAGUCGAAGUGCGUUCGACGAUUCAAAUGCCGCCUUCGGAUGGGACUUUGUUAUCUUUUUCCUGUGAAAUAGACUGCCACUCACCUAACGACCAACGAGGAAGUUUAAUCCUGUUUUACUUCGACAGAAGUCGAAGUGCGUUCAACUAUUCGAACGCCGGCUUCGGAUGGGACUUUGUUAUUUUUCAAGGCAGAAAUAGACCGACCGCACAGCCUGAAUCUGUGCAACUGUUUUGGGCAUGCAAACAGUCCAAAGAGACUUUUCUAUAUCUCUGGAACCCCUGAACGUAUUUGUACGAAUUUUGAAUAUGUUUGUCCCCAAGUUGUGUUGUUCAUAAAAAUAUAAGUUUUAUUCCUGUGUGAUGAAAAAUCAUAAAGUUAUAAAAAUGCAUAAAAAAGCAUAAGUUUUAGCUUGGAGAUAAUUGAGUAGAUACAGUAGGAAACUCAAUUAUCUCCCAAGCAGAGGGGAGGGAAUCUGUGGGAUGUACCGUUGUCUGAUUGGUUAAUGUCUAAUUGCCUGUGGACGUCUCCCUUGCAGGGGAGCACUGCAUAAAAGCAGAGUACCUGCCAUUAAACAUCAGUUCUACUUCACCCUCAAUCUAGAGCCCUGUCUCUUAUUGGGGGUAACCGCUAUACAGCUAUUCACACUAGCUCUUGUAAGAACUUCUUCUCUUGGAAUAUGACUGGAUGCUGACAAUCCUCCUCACUGAUCAGGAAAAGGACACCCUCCAGCGGUUGAAACCCCUCUGCUACACGGGGUAACUACUACAGCAACCUUUGUGUCUUUUUACAUUUUUUUUUUGGAGUCCUGUUUUUACUCUUGAGUUAAUGACGCAAAAUUGAUGCAUGGGCUUGGGCCUAUAUAUACUUGCUCUGCUAAAAGUUCAGUGUCCUUUAAAGGUUCAAGACCUCUUAAGUGUGCUAUUAUGUGUAUUUUGGUUUUCUUUGGCUUUUUGACCUGGUUUUGCUAUUGACCCUGUCUUGUUUUCUAAUAUCCCUGACCCGACAAGUCCUGACACUGCUUUUGCCUUCUUCCCCAGGUUUAGGUUACUCUGGUUAUUCUCUGGACUAAUUAUAGUAUUUAGUUCUGCUACCUUCAGUUAUUAUACUAAGCAUUAAGUUAGUCCACUCUAAGGUCCAGUAAAACAUCUCUUCUGUCCCUCUAGCUGUUCCUUUGGUAUGGGAGGACUUAUAUAUUGAUGAGGAACCAAUCUAUUCCUGACAACAGUCCACCCAGCCUCCCUUUUCUUACCUUGACAGGGAGUAAUCCCUGGGGCCCACUAGUUUAUUGGGAUUUCUUUGUACUAUUGCUGUCCCUAUGCAGCUCUGUGCUGAUGUCGGACUGGGGUAAUGUCACAUCCCAACUUCCAACUUCCAUCCCAACUUCCAGCAUUAGUACAGGUUGCAUAAGGGAGCUUAGUAUAGAGAGAUCCUAGCAGCCCCCUUGCUGCACAGUCUACAGCCACUGACAGGACACCAUCAGAGCAUUUUUGGUGGGCAUGCUAUGCUACAGGAGUUUAUUUUGUCUUCUUGUUUUGGUGUGUAUUCUGCCUUCUAGUGGUAUAGUGAGUUUUGUUUCUUGAGACAUUCAGUGUCGAAAUCAACAAUAUUAAAGGAACACUCCAAGCACCAUAAAUACUGCAGUGUGCUGUAAUGGUUAUGGUGCCAGGAGUGGCAUGGUGUCCCCUAAUAUGAAUAGUCAAACUGUUGACUAACAGUUGGACUUCUGACCUGUUGUAUACUGGGCACUGGUCCCUACAUCUCUGGAGCUUGAAGUUCUCUGCUUGAGUUAAGCCCAGCGAUGGAAUGUUUGAUAAUGGUUUAACACUUGAUGGUAAAAAAGUGACUCUAGGAACCAAAAACCACUUGUUGAUUACGUGAUUUUGGUGCCUGGAAUGUUCUUUGACGUGAUGCACACAUUGCUGCUUCCCAUGCCUAUGAAACAGGCCGAUUUUUAAAAAAUUACUUCUUAGACCCUGUCCUUCUUUGUGGUCAUUAACACUGAGUAAUCCCAGUGUAAAUACUAACUCAGCUAAUAAGUGCAAAAACUAUAAAUAUCAGUUGCGUUUUUAAAAGAUAUGCCAGACAUCUUUCAGAAACUCAAUAAUAGCGGGGAAUGGCAUGUGAUAAAACAGCAGGAAUUUUCCAUUUAUUUUACAUUUUUAUACGUUUUAAAAGUAUGCAGUGCAAUACAUAACAGCAUCCAGGGGGGAACAUUACACACAUCAGAGAUGCAGUAAAAAAAAUAAAAAUAAAAAUACAUAACAAGCAGUUUACUAAUACAUUGACUCACUUCUUGCUGUUUUAUGGUGAGACAGAAGGUGGUGGGAUGCAUGAUUGUUCAACAUAUGCAUUAAGAUAUAUACAUGACCAGACGUGAUUAAACAGAGUUAUAGAACAAGGUCAUAGAAGAAAAUAAGUACCAACAUAAAAAGUGUGAAUUUAAGACCUACAGCCAGCCCAUGAGCUAGAUCCCCCUACUGUAGUAUCUGCUAGACCCAUGCUGGCCCGAUCUCGAGCAAGAAGCCACCACCUAACCGGGAACCUUGAUCACAACCAACCCAUAUUGAUAAACUUGAACUUACCCAUACCGUCCUUAAACAGAAGGUAACCACUGAAAACAAAUACAACAUACUGUAAUACGAGUUACUCCAAACUCACCAAGCUCAUAUAAUUCACCAUAGGGAGAAUGUGAAACCAGUACAGACGCCAAAAUAGUAGGGCAAUUACACAAGUAACACCACUCCACUAGAGGGUACAACAUCCAUACAUGAUAUGUUUACCCCCACAGUAUUGACACCAGCACUAGAGACCCAGGCAUCACUUAUUGUUUUGGCAAUACCCCCUAGAUCAAUACACAUACUUUUUCGAGCAAUACACAACUCUCUUUGGCAGUAGGUACCUGACAACCACAACGAUAAUAAAUGGAGUUAUGGAAUGAUGUAUAAUACGCUGUGACCCCUGCAUGGGUCCCCUUCAAUGAUGUAAAUGGAUUGUAUGUGAGAAAUGCAAAUCACCCCCUCUAUGUAUUCCUGUGAUUUCCUUUUAUGUAAACAAUAAAAGUUUAUAAAUAUAAAAAAAAAAAGAAAUGCUUAGUUACAGCAAGCACAAUGAAAAAAAAAGUGGGAAUUUAAAAGCAAUUGUUUGUAAAGAUAUAAGAAAAUAUUAUGAAAAAUAAUAUAUAUUUAAAAAAAAAAAAGUGUGAUCCACAUUAUGUCACCAAGUUUGCAUAUUAGAUAGUUGCACACUUGUCCCGCUGUGCCCUGGCUUGCGUGUGAGUUUGCCAUAAAAACAGGAAUAUGGUCCCAGGGUCCGUAUGUAUUCCUAGGAGGACACUUGAUAAUGUUCCACCCAGGGGGACCAGAAUGCUGAGUAUUUGUCUCUUUGUCAAUGCUGACCAGAGUGUGUAGUGCUUAUACUUUUUGGAACCAUUGUUACAGAGAGAAACUUGUAGUCUGUUUCCAGAAUAGGGAAAUUAGUGUGCUAGCUGUCUCCGGCAGCUUUCAGAGGAGAGCCUGUUAGGGAGUCUCUUUAAAACCGCAUAGGCAGCCUAAGAGGGCUAGUGAAAGUAGUAUAGAAUGGGAAGUGGGGUAUACUCCCUGGUUGAACUGGCUGUAUCACCGGCCAUUACCACCAGAUAUGCUCCAUGGUACCUAUAUUGGAGGAGCAUCAUAUGUUACUAAAUGUCUAGUAAAUUGAGUGUAGGAAAAAGGGAGUCCUACACCACCUGGAUAUCCCUUCAUGUAGGGUCUCCUAUCAAUUAAGGCUAGCGGAGGAUGGGAUAAUUUUGUGGCAUAUAAAUUUUUAAUCCUUGGUUGUUGGUUGAAAGUGGAGGAUGGCCUCCAAGGCUCACAUAAAGGAAGGAACAGGGAUGGUGAGAGGCUCUUAUAUCAGGGAGUAUAUCCUAGAUAUGUAUAAAACAUGCAAAAGUGUGCCUUGAUCACUCAUCUGAGAAUGGUUUAUCUUGUAAACCAACUAAUUUGCUUAUAUAAAGUCUCUCACACUACAGUACCUACAGUACCUCACCUGCAAUACAGCUCAUAGACUUCUCGACUGCCUACUUUUCACAUGCAAACAGUUGCCAUCAGUGAUGGUACAGUGCCAUCCUUAGUGCAGCCAACUCAAACCCAUCUUGUUGCUAAACCAUAGUCUGGCUAGCCUUGCUGUUUCAUCAACUUCCCGGUAUGACAGUCAGUAUCAGACAAUGAGGAAAAUCACUCUACAUAGUACAAAAACACUGCGUGAUGAAUGAAAGCUUUAAAAUAUUGUAUCAUCAGUCCGCAAGACCUUCAUCUUAAGCUGACUGCUGACAUCAAUUCAUUACCCCAACAAGCCUCUUUUUUGCCAUCUUAGCAACAACUUUUUUACUGCUGCCGAACUCAAGCUGUCAAACAUUCCACCAAAGUAUUCUUGUCACAGUUGAAAGUGAGACUUGCUCACUUCAACUAGAAUUAAGCUGUGCUUCAAACUAUUGUCAUCUGAACCACCUAUAAUGCAAGCUGUUCUGAUUUUAUUGUGGAUUUUGGUCUGGCAGACCUAUUUAUGUAUUUAUGUAUUGUUAUAGACCUAUUUAUGUAUUGCGUUUCUUCCAAUUUCCUAGUGCCAUUUGAAGGUGCAGAAAUCUGUAUUCACCGGCAUCUUGGUAUUUUUUGUAAUUUCUCUAAAGGAAAGAUUUUUAAGGGUUAGCACGGUCUGUCUAUCUUCCUUAGGUUAAUAACCAUUUUUUGGCAGUAUGAUGGCAACAUACAACUUCAUGCAGUACAAUACAGCCAAAUUAAUGCUUAAUAGUGCAUAGUAACAAUGUAUUUUCCAACACUGCUUUUAUAGAGACAGAGGGUUUAUGAGUAAUCAACAAAUGUUGAAUAGUGUGUGAAUUGUUAGCAUCAACUUUGAAGGCCUAAUUCACAUCCCACCCCUUGCUGCAGAACAGCUUUAAAGGAACACUAUAGGGUUAGAAACACAAACAUGUAUUCCUAACCCUAUAUUGUUAACACCACCAUCUAGCAAUCCCCUACCCCCUCCCAGCUCCCUCUUGCCUCCCUAAAUAUAGUAAAAUCUUACUUAUAUUCCAGUCUGCUGCUGCUGGGUCUGCCCCUGAUCUGCAUGCAUACCUGACAUUAUGAGAAAUGAUUCUGUGAACCAAUCACAAUGCGUUCCACUAAAGAUUGGCUGAGACUGUCAAGGUGGCAGAUCAGAGCCAGCACAAGUCAAACACAGCACUGGCUAAUCAGUAUCUCUUCAUUGAAUCAAUGCAUCUCUAUGAGGAAAGCUCAGUGUCAGCACGCAGAGGGUGGAGGCACUAAAUGUCAGUGUUGCACACUGUCAGGGGCUUUCCAUGGGGUUGGUAAAACCUGCGCUCGCCCGGGGCGCAUGCCGGGGGGGGGAGGGGGCAAAAAUCACUUGUCAAUGUGGCAAGUGAUUUUUGCACCCCUUCCACCUGCGCUCCUGGCACCCCCAGGCAGCGCAUGGCUCCAUAAGGGAACCACAGGCACUGUAAACUGGGAGGGGAAGCGCAUCCCCCUUCCGCCCUGCGUGGGAGCGCCGGGUGUCACGUGACUACCCGGCGCUCAGUCUGACUCAGCACUCCGCUGGGGUGGACGUCCAGAGGUCCCCCUCCCCUGCUAUGUGAAGUGAAAGGGCAGUGAGGGGGGCCAAUAAUGUGUGGGCUAGAGCAGGGCACAGGCUCUGUUAGUUAAAAGGUGCCUGCUAUUAGGGAAGGAGGGAAAUAUGGAUGAAGAAAGGGAGGACCUAGGAGGUCAUAAAUGUAAGGGGUGGUGACAUUGGGGUGGAGACAUAGGGGUAAGGGGUAGGGAGAUAUGGGGGGGGAUAAAGAUGUAAGGGAGGGAAACAUGGGGAGGAGAGAGAUGGAAUGGAGACAGACAUGGUGGGUGAGAGAUGGAAGGGAGACAGACAUGUGGGAGAGAUGGAAGGGAGAGAGACAUGAGGGGAAAGAUAGGGAGAGAGACAUGGGGUGAGAUAGGGAGAGAGACAUAGUGGGAGAGAUAGGGACAUGGGGUGAGAGAUAGGGAGGAAGACAUGGGGGAGAGACAGGGAGAGAGGCAUGGGGGAGAGAUAAGGAAGGGAGGGAGGUAUGGGGGAGAGAUAAGGAAGGGAGGGAGGCAUGGAAAUGAGAGAUAGGGAGAAAGGCAUGGGGGAGAGAUAAGGAAGGAAGGGAGGCAUAGGGGGGAGAGAUAGAGAAGGGAGGGAUAGCAAGAAUGGAAAAGUUGCAGAAGCGAGCAGAGAGACUGAGGGAGCAUUCCAGACAGUGGCAUUACUACUGAGACAGUAAGUAACUUGAGGCACAAGUAAGAAGCAGGGAGGGGAGGGAUAACAUUUAUUAAAAUGAAUGUGUGCACAACAUUUACACAAACUGCAUACACUAAUACACACUCUGCAUUCACUACGCUAACACGCACACUCUGCAUACACUAUGCUAACACACAUUGCAUUCAGUACGCUAACACGCACACUCAGCAUUCACUACACUGACACGCACACUCAGCAUUCACUACACUAACACACACACUCUGCAUACACUACGCUGUGUUCCUAUUUCAGCCCUUCAUUUGGCUUUUCAUUGGCAUAACAUCCACUUACAGGGGUUGCAUACUACCCUACCCCACCACACUACACAAUAUUGUAGGUAAGUACCAUAAAUCGCUGGUAAGACCACACCUUGAAUAUGCUGUGCAAUUUUGGGUACCUGUUCUAAAGAAGGAUAUCAUGGCACUAGAAAAAGUGCAGAGACAAGCUACAAAAUAGAUAAAAGGAAUGGAGCAUUUUAGUUACGAAGAAAGGUUAAAAAAAUUAAAUCGCUUUAGUUUGGAAAAACGGCGCCUCAUAGGGGAUAUGAUAACAUUAUACAAAUAUAUUCAGGGCCAGUACAAACCAUUUUCUGGAAAUCUAUUCAUAAACAGGGCUAUACAUAGGACAUGAGGUCACACAUUUAGGCUGGAAGAAAGGAGAUUUCAUCUAAAGCAAAGAAAAGUUUGUUUUACAGUAAGAGCAAUAAGCGCUUCAGACUGGGUUUUUUGCCUUCUUUUGGAUCAACAGCAAAAACAUAUGUGAGGAAGGCAGAACUUGAUGGACGCAAGUCUCUUUUCAGUAUGUAACUAUGUAACUCAUACAAACCACCCCCCCCUCCCCCUCUAUCUUCUAGUGCACGUGAAAUAGCAAAGCUCCAUACACAAUGCUUUCCCAAUAAAGCCAAUGGUAAUCUGUGUUAUCAGCCUUAAAUCAUAUAUAUAUAUUUACACACACAUACUUUGCCACGUCCAUUUCACAUGAGCCUCAGACUGUUUUGAAAGUACAACUACAAGACAUUUUAGGUAAAGGAAAACACAUAUUUUAAAGGUAAUAGCGAAGAGGGAUAUGGAUACAAAUACGUAAGUAUUAAACAAGAGGCAAAUUACUUCCAGAGAAAAGUUUAAAACAAAAGUUGGAAACUUGAGCAGAGGGCAUCAUGGGAUAUAGAAAUGUACUAAUUCUUACUUCCAUUGUUUAUUCAGAUUGGCCAGCAGAUUGUGGAGUUGCUUUUUUCCAACAAAACACAGCUGGGAGGAUAGUGUCUGGGAAUGAAGUACGACCAUAUUCCUGGCCCUGGCAGGUUUCCUUGCAGGUAAAAUAAAUCCUUGUGCCACAGUUUUAAUUUCUUAAACUCUAAGAUACUGUAAGCACCAACACAACUUUAGCUUAAUGAAGCGGUUUUGGUGUAUAGAUCAAGCCCCUGCCGUCGCACUGCUCAGUUCUGUGCCACAUAGGAGUUAAAUUACUUUUUUUGUGUUUAUGUAGCCGUAGACCUACCUCCCUUGGUUGUGACUCCUCACAUAGGCUGUUACGAUCGGGGUAACCCCUACACACAAAGAGAAGGAUAUUAGCCAAAAUAAGAGGAAGAACAGGAUGCGUAUACCGGACCUUAAAGUGUCCGGACUUAACGUGUGCCUAAAAAGGCAACAAAAAGGUAGUAAUAAAGGAAUCCUAGGUCAAGGAAUGCACAGGUACACAAGAACGAGAAAACAAGCCAAGGUCAAAGGGAUACAGACAGUCAGGAUAGCCACAACAGGGCAAUGAUUCCCAACAAGGGGGGGAACUUAUUUAGGGCUAGAAAGAAUACUAUUGGACACCAUCAUCACACUGCACCAAGAAACACAAAGGGGUAUGACCUGUGCAAAACCUCCAACAAAUAUAACAUGACUAAAAGGUGAGUAUAAAGUGUUACAUCCACAGGGUCCUGUAAUUUCAAAGGACACCUGAAGGUUGCGUGAGGUUGCACGGGAAAUCCGUCAACCUUGCAGAUAGUGCAGAGCUGUCUGCAGUUCCAUGGAGAGAAUUGCGCAUGACCUCUGAGCUGGAGGUGUCCAGGAACGCAGCGUUCAACCAAGUGAGAGCAGCGUGGGACAGGGAUCUUAGUGGCUGCCGCGCGGUACCCGAAGGUAUAGUACAGGCUGCAUGAAAAAACAAGGUUUUCAAUCAGGUCUUACAGCACAGUAUGUUUACUUUAAAAGUUCUUAUCUACUGCCCUUUCAAUUGCAUUUUUAUCACAUAUAAACAAAUUGAUCUACCUUCUAAGAUGCAGAACAUUGAUCAGUAAGACUAUAGGGGCAUGAUCUAUACACCAAAACACCUUCAUUAAGCUAACGUUGUUUAGGCGCUUAGAGUAUCCCAUUAAUGUAUUAUAGUAUUUUCUAUCAAAUGCUAUAUUGAAGCUGCCUGACAAGUUGCCUUGGUCGUGUGAGGAUUAAAAAUCUGUCAGCUAGUGGCACCAACUGCUUCUCCCAACCCAUUGACAGUAAGAUGUAUAUAGCUUGUAAUAGAACCUCAUCCUGAGGGUAGGGGGGUGAGAGUACUGAAUUAUCAUUAGGAGAGGAUCUACUCUACUACUUUGUCCCCCUAAAAUCCUGACCUUUGUCCACUGGGUGGAAGUUAAUAACUACAUAUUUUUAAAUGGAUGUGGGGUAUUAAUGCACCAAAAACAAGAGUUAAUUUGAACACCAAAAACAGACAGCAACUCAAAUAACCCAGGUCUUAGCUUUUAUCACACUUGUGUUAUUACAGUGAGAACCUUACCCUGUGGCAUAUCAGACUAGUUUCUUAGUCUGUGGAUGCCAUUAGAGGGAAAUCCAAUUUAGAUUCACGAGAGGAUGAAUUUUAUUGAUUUACUACGGGGCGGCCAUUUCUGUCCACUGAAAUGUCCUCUGUGUGGCUUUAUGAUCAAUACGUUCCAGAGAAUGCAAUCCUUUAAAAAACUAAAAAACAAAACAAAACACAAUAACUUAUAAUGUAUAAUAUGUAGGUUUUAUAUAAUAAAGAUUGUAAAUCUGUGUGCUGUUCCAAUCUGUUAAAGUAUGUUUUUUGUCUAUUUUUUACUGCAAGGUUAAGUCUAGAGGAAGUAAGAAAUUUGUUCACGUCUGCGGUGGGACGCUCAUUCACAAAAAUUGGGUCCUCACUGCGGCCCACUGUUUUCAGAAGUAAGUAUUCAUAUGUUGAAGAAUCAUUGAAAAGAUUAUUUAUAUAUAUUUUUCUCAAUACCUCUCUCAGUUAGAGGAUCACUUUAACAUUAAAACUGUUAUUCAGCUAUGAUAUUUAGAGAGUUCCUUCCCCACUCCCCCAUAUUAAAGAAAUUAUUUUAAAUUACCUUUUCAACCAAUGGCAACUACUCACUCACCUAUGCUCCCACCUGGGGAGAAUGUCAGUAACAACAAUCUUCCUGUCUUGUCCAACAAAAAUUGGAAACUGUGUGGCAUGACAUACCUUUAUGAGUGGAUAUAAAAGGGAUGUGAGACCUGAAGUUUAAACCCUGAAAUACGUCAGCAAGCUGAACUACUAUAGGGUUUUGGCAUGUACCUUCCAGAUGCCAAAUUCAGGAUCAUACUAGUAAGAGCAAAUUAGAUGGAGAACGGUGAAUAGGUUCAUUCCCAAAUGUCACCAAGUUGCCACUGGCUUCUACAUUCGGCUGGGAAGUGGGGGUUGUAGUGACAUUAGGCUAAAAUACUAUAUUGGGUGAGCAUGGUAAUAAAUAAAAUCUCUACUAUUAGCAGGUUCAUUUGGCAGCCAUUUCAGUCCAUUAUUUAGUGUCAUGAACAAGUUCCUUUUCUGUAAACCAGUAGGUGCCAUAAUUGAGUUUAUUCCCUGGGCAUCCAACAGCUUAGUCUUUCCUGGACGUGGAUAGAGACCAUCAGCUGGUUUACUUUAAUUAAUAUCCAAUAAGCACCAUCAUUGGCUCCUUUCCUGUACAUUAGUGAGCAAGAUCAACAGGCUCAUGUUUUAUAUAUAUAUAUAUAUAUAUCAAUAAGUGAUAUCAGAUGGUACCGUCAGUGGGUAUAUUUCAUAUUAUUGAUUUUAUACAAUUAAUAGAUUCAACAUGUGAUUUUGAUUGAUAGUCAAUAAUAUGCUAAUGUUUAAAUACAGUGAUUGGAAAAAAGUAUUUGAUCCCCUGCUGAUUUUGAACAUUUGCCCACUGACAUAGAAAUGAUCAGUCUAUAAUUUUAAUGGUAGGUGUAUUUUAACAGUGAGAGACAGAAUAACAACACAAAAUUCAAGAAAAACGCAUGUCAAAAAAAGUCUAAAUUGAUUUUCAUGUCAAUGAGUGAAAUAAGUAUUUGAUCCCCUUUCAAUCAGCAAGUUUUCUGGCUCCCAUAUGUCUUUCAUACAGGUAACGAGCAGAGAUUAGGAGCACUCUCUUAAAGGGAGUGCUCCUAAUCUCAGCUCAUUACCUGUAUAAAAGACAUCUGUCCACAGAAGCAAUCAAUCAGAUUCCAAACUCUCCACCAUGGCUAAAACCAAAGAGCUGUCCAAGGAUGUCAGGGACAUGAUUGUAAACCUACACAAGGCUGGAAUGGGCUACAAGACCAUCAUCAUGCAGCUUGGUGAGAAGGUGACAGUUGGUGCGAUUAUUUGCAAAUGGAAGAAACGCAAAAUAACUGUCGGUCUCCCUCGGUCUGGUGCUAUGCAAGAUCUCAUGGAGUUUCAGGAAUCAGCCCAGAACUACAUGGGAGGAUCUUGUUAACAAUCUCAAGGCAGCUGGGACCAUAGUCACCAAGAAAACAAUUGGUAACAUACUACACCAUGAAGGACUGAAAUCCUGCAGCGCCCGCAAGGUCCCCCUGCUCAGAAAAGCACAUGUACAGGCCCGUCUGCAGUUUGCCAAUAAACAUCUGAAUUAUUCAGAGGAGAACUGGGUGAAAGUGUUAUAGGUCAGAUUCAGGGCCGGCACUUCCUAUAGGCAACUUAGGCAGUUGCUUAGGGUGCCCCUUAGGAAAGGGCCAGGAGCACCAGCCCCCUCAUGCUGCAGCUGCCUGAGUGCUCUAUAGAGAGCCUCAGGCGGCUGCAGCACUGCCUGGGCCAGUGCGUCCAUGAGGAAUGCUGCCUAUGACUCUAAGAACACCAUCAAAGAUGGAGGUGGAAACAUUAUGCUCUAGGGAUGUUUUUCUGGUAAAUGACAACUGCACCGCAUCAAAGGGACGAUGGACGGUGCCAUGUACUAUCAAAUCUUGGGUGAGAACCUCCUUCCCUCAACCAGAGCAUUGAAAAUGGGUCGUGGAUGGUAAUUCUAGCAUGACAAUGACCCAAAACACAAAGUCAAGGCAACAAAGGAGUGGCUCAAGAAGAAGCACAUUAAGAAGCACAUUCUGGAGUGGCCUAGAAAAUCCCAUAGAAAAUCUGUGGAGGGAGCUGAAGGUUCGAGUUGCCAAACAUCCGCCUCGAAAUCUUAAUGACUUGGAAAGGAUCUGCAAAGAUGAGUGGGACAAAAUCCCUCCUGAGAUGUGUGCAAACCUGGUGGCCAACUACAAGAAACAUCUGACCUCUGUGAUUGCCAACAAGGCAAUCAAAUUAAUUUAUAACUUUUUUGACAUGCGUUUUGCUGGAUAUUUUUUUUUGUUAUUUUGUCUCUCACUGUUAAAAUACACCUACCAUUAAAAUUAUAGACUGAUAAUUUCUUUGUCGGUGGGCAAAAGUUCAAAAUCAGCAGGGGAUCAAAUACUUUUUCCCCUCACUGUAUAUUCAUCAAUUCUACCAUUGACAAAAUCAAUCAAGAUCUACAGAUCUAUGUGAUUUCUAAUCUACAGGUAUACUCCUUAUCUACUAAUUUACACAAGGUUAGAACCAAUCAAUUAAGCCAUCUUAUCAACUAUUACGUAAAUUGACACCAUGGCGUCCACAGCAUAAGAUUUGAAUAAAAAAAAAAUAAUCUGCCAAAUUAGAAUGCUUAAUUACUUGUGAUUUUUUUUGUAAGUUCUUUUCAUUUGUCAUGGAUUGCACUGAUCUGUUAACCUGUAUUAUUUCCAAGGGGGAAGGCAGAAGAUGCAGCAAAUUGGAGAAUUGUCCUUGGUAAACAUAACCUUAACCGUACAGAACCUACGGAAAAGAUUUACAAUGUGAAGCGUAUUUACAGACACGAACGCUUCCGCUACCCUCAUCUAAAUGAGCUUGAUUAUGAUAUUGCUUUGGUGAAACCAGAAGGAGACAUUUUAACCACACACUUCAUCCAGUAUGCAUGUCUUCCUAGAAGAGAAAUUGCUCUGCGGCCAGGCCAUUUCUGUUGGGUAACCGGAUGGGGAGACACAAGAGGUAAGAUAGGAUGCUUUAUCCUUCAUGACAUGCGCAUAGUCGUCUUUUUGGCCUAUUCCUGUUAUAAACCAAUUAUAACCUUUAAUAAUCACAGACACAUGAAUGAAUUGGCAAAAUAUUCCACGGCUUUAUUAUAUAUAUAUAAAUAAUAAAAUAUAAAUUUAAAAGGUCAUUGUCAACAACGCUUGAAAAGACAUCCCCCCAAUUAACAUAACUAAAUACCCAGACAAUGACCUCCAACAUAUUUACAGAAUACAUCCAACUAACAGUAUAACAUAGCAUAAAUACCAUAAACCUUAACAUAGCCACCCAGGGCCUCCAUUUCCAAUUGUAGGGGCAUACCAAGACACCCCUACGCCAUUAUCAUAGCCACCAAGGGCAUCCCUUUCCACUGUAGGGGCAUACCAAGACACCCCUACACCAUUAUCCCAGCCACCAAGGGCAUCCAUUUCCAGUGUAGGGGUAUACCGAGACACCCCUACACCCCCAGGUUCGUAGCUACCGCCGAGCUCGAACCUACCACCAAAUCUAAAGGUAAGUAUUCCUCCUGACCUAUCCCACUUACCAAAAACCGACGUACCCCCAAUUAACCUAAUCCAUCCACCACCGCCGUGACAAAACGGGAGAGUCAUGACUCUUAGCCCUUAACCAACUAAAUUAGGGAGGGUGGGUGGGACAGCUAACAACAGGUAAAGAUUUCAAAUUAAAAUGGAACCCAAAUUUAAAAUGGCGAAUUAUUAUAUGUCUAAGCCACUCCCCCUUUUACCCACUAACCAAUCCAGACACACUCCUCCAUAGGCCAGCCUCCUAGCUCUGUCAAGGCCCAUUCCACCUAGCUUUGCUAUUCCAUGGGCUUCAUUACAGUGUUUUUUCCUCCACAUUUAGCAGUGAUCACAUACAAGUUGUUGUUUGUUGUGUGAACUGUAGACCAUGUCGGUAACCUAUGGCAGUUUAAUGGCCAUUUGGGUGUCCAAUAAAUAUUAGUCCAGAGGUUUGUUCAAUAAUAAACAGACUGAACCUUUUUUUUACAGUAAACGAUAUAUCAUUCAUGACAUUAACAUGGCAAUCUAUGCUUUUGUUCUAAAAUGAACUCAGUAACCCAGAACAGAAGUGGAAUUUAAUAGAUAGAAAAAUCAGUUAUGUAAACCUCAUUGAUUAGACAUUUCUCAUUGACAGACAAGUCUCCAUUCGUCAUGGAGGUUAUUAGAUUAUUAAUUCCCUGAAUGGACUCAUGUCUAUUUCAGUAUACAGUAACACAUUAAGAUAAGUGUCUAAUUUUAUGAGGCAGUGUGGAAAAAUAUUCUCUCUUUUUUUUUUUUUUUAACAAAUCUUUAUUUAUGAGAUUAAAUGACAGCAUAAAACAUCCAUAGAGAGACAAACGUAACAAUCUUGAAGGAACAGGGACUUGAGCGGGUACACCCCCACCAGGACAAAAGAGACCGCUAUACAUCUAGAGCAGGCUUCCCCAAACUCCAGCCCUCCAGAUGUUGCUGAACUACAACUCCCAUGAUUCUCAGCCUAUCUAUUUCAUUCGUAGACUCAUGGGAGUUGUAGUUCAGCAACAUUUGGAGGGCAAAAGUCUGAUCUAGAAUAACAUAAAACAGAACUCCAGGAGUUCUGGAGCUUAUAUGGGAGUCCGUCUCUCAUGUGUAUACGUCUAUAUAGAGAGGUGUUCCCCCAAAAGAGUAUAAACAUUCUAAGUACAUUAAUAUGUUAUUUAUGUUAGAUUAGACUGUAGCAGAAUAUUUGAAGUCCACAUACAAUCUACAAGCUUACAGGCCAAUAUUAUAACCCAACAAGCUAUUAUUACCUGUAAACUGUAAAAGGUAUAUAUUAAAUUAUGAAAUAUUAACCCCUUAACGCAGUUACGGCGUUCGAUGCCGUCCCGCAUUAAAAGGGCUUUAAAGCCGUUGCGGCGGCAUAGAACGCCGUAAUGGCUUGCAGCCCCAGGAGAUCGGAGGUACUUACCUCCGCCGCAAUCAUCUUCUGACAGCCCAGGCAGCCCUCCCCCGGCAAAUCAGGCCCCCGGGGGGCAUGUGAGCGAAGAGCGAUCACAUGGCUCCCUAUAGCGAUCAAAGAGCGAUCACAUGGCUCCCUAUAGCUGGCUGUGGAUCUGCCAGCAGGGGGACUGAAAUGUCAGACAGUCCCCCUGCUGGUAGGAGGUGUAAAAUUAAUUAAUCAUGUUUAAAAUAAAAAAUUAUGUGUAUAAACAUCAUACGCAGUUUAUUUUAAUAUUAAUAUAAGUACAUAUAUUAGUAUUAAAAUACACUUAGAAUGACGUUACAUAUAUAUAAUAUGUAUAUAUAUUAUAUAUAUAAUAGAUAUAUACAUAUAUAUUAUAUAUAUAUACACAUUAGUUACAAUAAUAAAUAAAUAAAAUAAUAAAAUAAAUAAAUACAAUAUUGAAACAAAAUUUAAUAUAAAUUAUAUAUUCAUAUGUAAUUUCAUUCUAACUGUAUUUUGUUAUUAAUAUAUAUAUAUAUAUAUAUAUAUAUAUAUAUAUAUAUAUAUAUAUAUAUAUAUAUAUAUAUAUAUAUAUAUAUAUAUAUUAAUAGUAAAAUACACCUAGACAGUGUACAUGUGUGUAUGUAUAUGUGUAUAUAUACUUAGAUCAUAUAUAUAUAAUAUUUGUGUUCGGGGCAUUCUCAUAUGAUAUAGAAUAAGAUGGGUUGUAGAGAUGUAGCUUUGGAAUAAUCGGUUGAGGUGUGCCGAAACCGACGUAUGCUGUAGGCCGGUAAAAAGUGGGCUUACAUAGAGGAAAUAUGAACAAUGGGAGUGGAGGGUGGGGCUAUUCGUCUGACCAACAAAGGUAAGUAGGGAGAGGGGGAGUCCCUUUUAUAGGUCUAUAGCCCCUCCCACAACUUCAGGCCAUGCCUUCCAAUUUGUGUUCGGGGCAUUCUCAUAUGAUAUAGAAUAAGAUGGGUUGUAGAGAUGUAGCUUUAGGAAUAAUCGGUUGAGGUGUGCCGAAACCGACCUAUGCUGUAAGCCGGUAAAAAGUGGGCAAAAAGAGAAAUAUUAAUGCAAAACAUUAUACAGGAUCAUAGUGCAUUUGUUAACCAUCAGUUAGACAUUUUAAUGAAAGCGUCCUAAUUCCUGAAUCGGCUGUGGUAUGUACAUCGCAUAAGCCUAUGAUUCCCAGCGGCCCCGUGUCUUAACGUGUGCGGGGAUGUCUUGGCUAUGGGCUGUGUAAGCUGCUCCUAUCCAAAAGGAGUGCCCUGAGUAGUCGCUAGGGUUUAGUUCGAGCACGAUGAAUGAGUAGGUGGACAUAGUGCAUGAACUUACCUGUGGUAAGGACAGUAUCGUACAGCGACAGUAAUGGUUCAGUGGUGCGUAUGGUGGCGUGCCCAAGAACGUAAUCAGUACCUUAACCGGGCACCCAGCAUUGCUUGAAAGGUAGUAGGUUAUAUGCACUGGCUCGCCCCUCUGACUCAUCUUAGUUUUAGGAAGGGACCGGACAUAGUGGUCUGUGUGUUUUAGAGGUCACCAGGUACUCUUGUUUAUGAUGUAGGCCGCUGAUAGUGAGUUAUUGUUUUGGCCUGAGAAAGCCGUUAAAGGCUAGAUAGGUAGCAGUUUUGAUAACUGCAUUGGUGCGUGGCUCGGAAGUGCAUGGUCGAGUGGUUCUGUCAUGGUUUGAACAUUGUAUGUCUAUGGCCAGUAUUUAGUUUUAGCGGGAACGUCCGCUUGGCCAUGUCUCUAAGUAAGGCAUGUAUGGGGUAGGAGGAUAGGAAGCCUUGUUGUUUGGGAUGGAGAAAUACGUAUAGGGUUGAAUGCCCGUGAGAUAAAGUUUAACCGUGUUGUGCGAGAAUUAUUAACUUAAGGUGGCAAAAAGAGGCGAAGGCCAUACGUGGUGAAACCUCAAACCAGCUAUCUAAGUGAUGGUCCGACAUGAAACGUAUUGUAUAAGUGGAAAACCCUGUAGCAAGCGUGUUGAGUGCUGGUGGACAAGGCCAGUUUAGUCAGAGCCCGGCUAUGUUGGCGAGGUUCAUGUAAUCCAUGACCUUGACCAUAAAUGACCCCCUGCCAUGGCGGCUGUCACGGCAGCUGCCACAAUAAUUUACCAUUACGUGUGGUUAAGAAAGUCCACCAUAUGUGUAGGUCUGCCAUGGCUUGGUUGUCUAGGGACAGCCCCUGAUCAUCAUUCGGGAGGGAGGAAAAAGCAAAGUGGUCUGAGAUGAAAGCGUGGCCUGCGGUACGAUGUGCAUGGCAAAAUUUAAGGAACCUGGUAGGGAUUGUAGUUCCAUGUGGUUGCAAGUACCAAGCAGGAGGUGGUAAUUGGUGUUGUUGCGACUGUUCCUAUUUCUCGCGUGGUAACUUGUUGGUAUGGAUGCCGAGUCAAGUUGUAUGCCCAGGAAUGUAACGACAGUGUCUGGGUCUUCUGUGACCUUAGGGAAUACUGGGACACCCAAGUGUUCAGACAUACUAAUGGCUUCCUUGAAGCUUCUAGAGGGAAAGGCAUUCCCUUUGACCAACAAGAAAUCAUCUCGGGAGUGUAUGACUGUGGGGCAUCUGGAUAUGUUUAACCACAACCAGUAAAGAGUUCAACGAAUAUAUUGAAGAUUGUGGGCUGCUCUUGACCCGAAAGUUAAGCGGGAUAAGAAAUAUAUAACUGCUGCCCAUAAAUGCCCUGUAAGUGCCAGUGCAGGGUGGAUGGUGGCAGUCUGAAAUGCGUUUGUGAUAUCAGUUUUACUUAACCAGGCUUCCCCUCCCUGCUUGAGUGAUAGUUGUCAUGGUAUGAACAAUGGUGGCAUACUGUAAUGAAAACUCCUCGGAGAGUAUGAGGGAGUUGAGAUUAUGGGGUAGCCGAGGCGUGAGGUGCAGAUAAGUCUAUGAUCAGUUACAAUGGGAUUGCGCCACACUGUAAAUAGUGUAGAUCGGAGAGGCCCAGGUAGAAAUAUUUCUGCCAUUUCUUGGGCCAUGAGUGUAAUGCCAGCUGUUGGAUGCUGCUGUGAUGACUGCAAGUUAGGGCAUUCUAGAUUUCCCCAAAAGUAUAUGGCAAUACCUGAACAGAAGGCCUUUAAAAUCGGAGAUUAGGAAAUAAACUAAAUGUCUGGAAGGGUGAUAAGUUAGAAAGUACUGGAAAUGCAUAAUGUUUACAGACGAGAAGUAAGGUUCAGGGUACAUUUAUUGGGACACAUGGUUUUGCAUGUGCCCUGACAUAUUGGGAACAUAUCUGCAACAGUCUGCAUGCACUGAAACUACAUGUGCCAACAUGGAAAUUGUUGCAAAUCUGGGAUUUGCCAAAGAGAAUGAGACGACCCAAUUUAUCUCGGGUAGUUCGCUACGUCCUACCAGAGGUGCUAGAGCCUGGAGCCUGAAACGUGAUCGUCCGCUGUGUUGGGACAAAAUUGUCCUGUGGGACUAGCAACAUCUCCAAGUGAAAGUGUGUUGACUCUAGCUGGAGUGUUAGGUAGAGAGAAAUCCUUACCACCUGCUUGAUACAUACUAAAAAAUAUGAAGAUAGCCAUUAUUAUAUGAACCCACAGUGUGCUAGUACUGGCUUGCUAGCUAAAGCCGCAAGGCGAAACAAUUAAUCCUUUGUUUGGUGACAGGUGAGGCCCUGCUAGUUGCCAAGUGGCUUGAGAGGCUCUAUCUAUGCAAUGGCGCGAGGGGAUUUUUGUGGCCACCAAACGUAGUGGCAGGAUGUUGGCCUCUCGGUGACUGUAACCAUAAAAAAGGGGAAGGGAGUGACAGGUGAGGCCCUCUCUAUAUACCAUGCGAGGCGGCUAGCUCACGAGUGGCCCGAUGGGUGUUUGCCUCCGAGCGUUGAGGCGGGGUGUUGGCCUCGCGGGACCACUAUACGACAGGCGUAGAUGCCAAGAAAGGAAAAUAUCUAUUGGAAACCUAUAGUCCCUAAUUGCCAGUACGCUAAGGAUAUACCCAGGGGGAAACAGAAAAUGUAUGUAUAUACCACAUGAGCAGGUGUAUGUACCUGGUAGUAUGAUUAGAUACCCUUACUGGUCGUAAAGGUUAUUAAUACCUGUAUCCCAGACGGGUAAAACAAUGUAUGAAAAUCGAUAUAGACAUUUAAAAGCGUAUAUCCAUAUGUGUGUUAUGCAAGUUUAAUAGAGCAAAGUGCUCUGUCCCAAUGUUUAUUGUAUGCUUGUAAUGCCCCUGUUUGAAGGAAAUUAACUUGUCGGGAGUGUUAUAUCAUGUGUGAUAUGGAACACAACUGUACCCCGAAACAUGAGUGUAGUGAACCAUGACUGGCAGCUGAAUAACCUAAUAAGUGAAAAUACAUAAUUGGAAGGACUUAUAUUUUAAGCGUGCAAAUAUUCCGUAUUAGACUCUGGAAAACUGCAUAGUGCUUUAAAUAGUAUGUGUAUUCUUGGGUAAAUGUAUGCGUAUUGUCAGUAAAUGUAACUAAAUGCCUAUGAAGGCAGGUAUGCAGGAAUGAUAUCAUAGUAAGCAUGAUUUAUAAGGAAGUGUUAUUGUGUAAUUAUAAUUAUAGUGGGAAUGUUAUGAGGGGAAUAACCAUAUGUCUGAAAAGCCUGUAGUAUACCGUUUGACAGAUAGGAGUCAGUAUAAAAGUGAAAAUGCUGUAGUUAGUUUGUUUGCUUAUGAAGUGAAAUAAAGUCUGAGAAGCCUGUAGUACACUGAAUGACCGGUAAGGGUCAGCAUGUAGGUUCGUUGGUUUGUACAUGAAAUGCAAUAAUGUCUGAGAAGCCUGUAGUACACCGAAUGACUGGUAGGGGUCAGUGUGUAGGCGCAAAUGCAGUGGUUCGUUGGUUUGUACAUGAAAUGCAAUAAUGUCUGAGAUGCCUGUAGUUACACCAAAUGACUGGUAGGGGUCAGUGUCUUGGUGAAAAUGCAGUGAAAAUGCAGUGAAAAUGCAGUGGUUUGUACAUGAAAUGCAAAAAACUUCUAAGAAGCCUAUAGUACACCGAAUGACCGAUAGGGGUCAGUGUCUAGGUGAAAAUGCAGUGGUUUGUUGGUUUGUACAUGAAAUGCAAUAAUAUCUGAGAAGCCUGUAGUACACUGAAUGACUGGUAGGGGUCAGUGUGUAGGUUAAAAUGCAGUGGUUAAUUGGUUUGAACAUGAAAUGCAAAAACGUCUAAGAAGCCUGUAGUACACCGAAUGACCGAUAGGGGUCAGUGUCUAGGUGAAAAUGCAGUGGUUCGUUGGUUUGUACAUGAAAUGCAAUAAUAUCUGAGAAGCCUGUAGUAAACCGAAUGACCGAUAGGGGUCAGUGUGUAGGCGCAAAUGCAGUGGUUCGUUGGUUUGUAGAUGAAAUGCAAUAAUGUCUGAGAUGCCUGUAGUACACCGAAUGACCGGUAGGGGUCAGUGUCUAGAUGAAAAUGCAGUGGUUCGUUGGUUUGUACAUGAAAUGCAAUAAUGUCUAAGAAGCCUGUAGUACACCGAAUGACCGGUAGGGGUCAGUGUGUAGGCGCCAAUGCAGUGGUUCGUUGGUUUGUACAUGAAAUGCAAUAGUGUCUGAGAUGCCUGUAGUUACACAAAAUGACUGGUAGGGGUCAGUGUCUUGGUGAAAAUGCAGUGGUUUGUACAUGAAAUGCAAAAACGUCUAAGAACCUGUAGUACACCGAUGACCGAUAGGGGUCAGUGUGUAGGCACAAAUGCAGUGGUUCGUACAUGAAAUGCAAUAAUGUCUGAGAUGCCUGUAGUACACAGAAUGACCGGUAGGGGUCAGUGUCUUGGUGAAAAUGCAGUGAAAAUGCAGUGGUUUGUACAUGAAAUGCAAAAAACGUCUAAGAAACCUGUAGUACACCGAUGACCGAUAGGGGUCAGUGUGUAGGCACAAAUGCAGUGGUUCGUACAUGAAAUGCAAUAAUGUCUGAGAUGCCUGUAGUACACAGAAUGACCGGUAGGGGUCAGUGUCUUGGUGAAAAUGCAGUGGUUUGUACAUGAAAUGCAAAAACGUCUAAGAAACCUGUAGUACACCGAUGACCGAUAGGGGUCAGUGUGUAGGCCCAAAUGCAGUGGUUUGUACAUGAAAUGCAAUAAUAUCUGAGAAGCCUGUACUACAUUGAAUGAGGACCGAUAGGGGUCAGUGUGUAGGCGAAAAAAUUGUAUGUCGUUUGUAGUUUUAACCCAACAGAUUUUUAACCAAAACAGAUUUUAACCAACAGAUUUUACAUAAACAGCUAGGUGAGUAUAAGGUAACGAAAUAACCGUGCAAAACGAAAGGAAACCGUAAAGUGAGGACCCGUGCUGUGUUGAACGCCGUGGGAACUAAUCCUGGCGCGACAGGUGGGUCAACUUACGGUUUGAGAGUCCCUGAGACACCAAAUGCGAUGCUGACCGGAGAGAAAGCCACUGGAUUAACGGAAAUCCCUGCUGCAGGAUUCAUGGACACAGCUUGGAGUAAGAGACCUCAUGGAGCAAAGGUGAAACCAAAAUGGCGUCUUGUAUGACCUGGAAGUGGAUCUCAUGCAAAUGCUGACCUUGAACAGUCUAUUCGUCUGACCAACAAAGGUAAGUAGGGAGAGGGGGAGUCCCUUUUAUAGGUCUAUAGCCCCUCCCACAACUUCAGGCCAUGCCUUCCAAUAUAUAUAUAUAUAUAUAUAUAGAGAUAAAUACAUAUAAUUACAUAAAAUAUUACAUUAGUAUACACGUAGAAUUUAAAUACCUAUAAAUGCAUAUACAUUAAAAUUCUACAUGUAUAUUUAAGUAAUCUUUUAACAUAAUUAUGUGAUUUGAUUAAUUCAAAUUUGAUUGACAUGUCUGACAACACAGGGAGAAAGUGCAGAGAAUUUAAUACGCAAGCACUAUAUUUGACCCUGAAACUCUCCAAGACACCAUAAAACCUGUACAUAUGGGGUACUGUUUUACUCAGGAGACUUCACUGAACUCAAAUAUUAGUGUUUCAAACUGGUAAAUUGUAUUACAACGAUGAUAUUUUAAGUAAAAGUGAAGUUUUUUGCAUUUUUUACAAAUGAACAGCACUUUUAUGGACUGUAUUAUUGCUGUAAUAUGUUUUACUGUUUUAAAACACUAAUAUUUGUGUUUACUGAAGUCUCCCAAGAAUAACAGUACCCCCAUGUACAGGUUUUAUGGUGUUUUGGAAAUUUAGAGAGUCACAUAUAAGGCUUGCAUUUAAUUUUUUUGACAUUGAAAUUUGCCAGAUUGGUUAUGUUGCCUUUGAGAGCGUAUGUUAGCCCAGGAAUGAGAAUCACCCCAUGAUGGCAUACCAUUUGCAAAAGUAGACAACCCAAGGUAUUGCAAGUGGGGUAUGUCCAGUCUUUCUUAGUAGCCACUUAGUCACAAACACUGGCCAAAUAUUAGUUUUUUGCUUUUUUCACACAAAAACAAAUAUGAACGCUAACUUUGGCCAGUUUUUGUGACUAAGUGGCUACUAAAAAAGACUAAACAUACCCCACUUUCAAUACCUUGGGUUGUCUACCUUUUCAAAUGGUAUGCCAUUAUGGAGGUAAUUCUCAUUCCUGGGCUACCACACCGUCUCAAAUGUAACAUUACUAAUCUGGCAAAUUUCAAUUUGAAAAUGGAACGUUCUAUAUUUGACCCUGUAACUUUCCAAAACACCAUAAAACCUGUUAAUGGGGGGUACUGUUGUACUCGUGAGACAUCGCUGAUUACAAAUAUGUGCAUUUUGUUGCAGUAAAAUCUAACAGUAUUAUGACAUUCACAGCUAAAAUGUCAGACGGAAAUACAACUUUUUAAAAAAAUCUUAUUUUCUCAAAUUUUUUAAAAUUUUAUUCAUAAUAAAUUAUGUUCCAUAUAUGAAUAGUUAAUGAUAAAUUAAAGCCCUGUUUCUCCUGAACAAAAUGAUAUAUAAUAAGUGUGGGUGGACUUAAUGUGACAGCGGUGAAUUACGGUUGAACAGACAUAUAGCGCAAAUUCUAAUUUUUGUUUACGUUUUGUUUUGAUCAGAACGUGCACUAUUGACUCCGUCCUGAAGGGGUUAAAUAAAGUACAUUGUGGUACUGUUGCGUCCACUAUCGUCAGACUCAAUUCAAACCAAAACACUAGUAAAAACAAGUAAAGUGAACUCAAAAUGGUCAGUGGUGAACAAGUCGAGUAAAAUAAAAUAAUACAAUAAACAAUAUAAUAUAUAAUAAUACUUAAAGGACCACUCUAGGCACCCAGACCACUUCAGCUUAAUGAAGUGGUCUGGGUGCCAGGUCCAGCUAGGCUCAACCCAUUGUUUCAUAAUUAUAGCAGUUUCAGAGAAACUGCUAUAAUUAUGAAUGGGUUAAGCCUUCCCCCUAAUCCUCUAGUGGCUGUCUCAUUGGCAGCCACUAGAGGCGCUUGCGUGCUUCUCACUGUGAAAAUCACAGUGAGAGCACGCCAGCGUCCAUAGGAAAGCAUUGUAAAUGCUUUCCUAUGAGACCGGCUGAAUGCGCGCGCAGCUCUUGCCGCGCGUGCGCAUUCAGCCGGCGGGGCGUAACGGAGGCGGAGAGGAGGAGGAGAGCUCUCCGCCCAGCGCUGGAAAAAGGUAAGUUUUUACCCCUUUCCCCUUCCAGAGCCGGGCGGGAGGGGGACCCUGAGGGUGGGGGCACCCUCAGGGCACUAUAGUGCCAGGAAAACGAGUAUGUUUUCCUGGCACUAUAGUGGUCCUUUAAGGUGGCCAUAGGGGCACACCAUAAUCCCUGCGGCACGUGCUAUGUGCCUCCCUCCGUGGGCCGGUGAGGGAGAUCAAAGUUAUCCCUCACCAACCCAUAGGAAGUGAGGGAGGCAGGAGAGGACCCGGGGAGCUCUUGUCAGCAGCUCCGCCGGGUUCCUCUUGCACGGUCGGAGCGUUGCCACGGUUACCGCGGCAACGCUCAGAUCUCGCGAGAGUGAACUCUGCCCCCACAGUUCACUCUCCACUGGACCACCAGGGAAGGCAGGAGCACGGUCCCCCCCUCCCGACAUAAGGUAAGAAGGGAGGGGGGAUAUUAACUAAACGGCCCACACAUUACACACAAACAUACAGCACACACACAUACAUCACCCUUACACACACAGCACACACAUGCACUAAAAGCACCCUCACACUAACAACACCCUUACACACACAGCACCCUCACACAUACACACACACAGCACACACUAACAGCACCCUUACACACAGCGCCUUCACACACACACACUAACAGCACCCUUACACACAGCACCCUCACACACACACAGCACCCUUACACACACACAGCACACACUAACAACACCCUUACACACACACACACACACACACUAACAGUACCCUCACACUAACAACACCCUUACACACACAGCACACAUUAACAGCACCCUUACACACAGCACCCUCACACACACAGCACCCUUACACACACACACAGCACACACUAAUAGCACCCUUACACACACAGCACCCUUACACAUACACACACUAACAUCACCCUCACACACACAGCACCCUUACACACACACAGCACCCUUACACACACAGCACCCUUACACACACAGCACCCUCACCCACAUACACAAAGCACACACAGCACCCCCACACACACACCAACAGCACCCUUACACACACAGCACCUUUACACACACACACAGCUCCUUCACACACACAGCGCGCCCACACAAACAGUGCACAGCAGUGUGUGUGUGUGUGUGUAUGUGUAUAUAUGUGUAUAUAUAUAUAUAUAUAUAUAUAUAAAUAUAUAUAUAUAUAUACGCGGCGUCUGUGUUUCUGCUUUAGGGUGCACGCCCUGAUACAAUAGGCUGCGCACGCUUAUGAAGGUGGCAGUAUGUGCUAAAUAUGACCUACGUUAUAUUUUAUGUGCACUUGUUACUUUUCAAUCACUACUUUGCAACUGCAUAAAUAGUUUUUCUCUCUGUGUUUCUGCAGACUUGCAGCUUCUCAUUGGUCAGUAUGUAAUUUCUUCUUUAGCUCUCAACCAGUUUGUGUUUCAAAGCCGGUGUGAGAGAAGCAAUGAUUUAUCAUGAGAAUGAUUACUUCAAAACCAAUCACUAUAUUAGAGAUCAGACGGAGUGAAAGUCAUAUAGGCCUAUACACAAACAGCUUGUGCAAACUUAAUCCCUACCAGAGAACAGAGGCCACAUUCUGCUUCUUCAUACCAACUCUUACAUCAGUUUUAAACAAAAUAAUAAUCACAAUAUUCUUGGUUUUUUUUAGAUUGUAAGCUUGUUUAGAUAGGGCCCUCUUCACCUACCAUUCCUGUAUGUCAAGCAUGUAUAGUUAGAAUUAUUUGUCUUGUUUUACCUAUUGUGCAGCGCUGUGGACUAUGUUGGUGCUAUAUAAAUAAUUGUAAUAGUAAUCUUGCAAGAGAUAUCUCAUAGCAUAUACCACUACUGUCAUGUUGCAGAAGUUAAAUACACAAGGACUGGGGCAGGGCAAAAAUGCAAACAAGAUUAAUGCAUGGAGCCUGAACGUUUUAGCUGCUAAUAACAUUUGCAGAAGGGAAAAAAUAAAUCAUUAUCAUAUUGCAAUAACUGUAUUCCCCUCCAUUGUCCUAUACUAGAAUAGAGUGUGUUACCUACAGUGUGUAAGUCUUUUUAAAAAAAAUUUGCUCAAAACCAAACAAAAUUGAGCAAUGACAAAAACAUAAUACCAAAAUCAAAAAAACAUUGGUUGUGUUGGCGUCUAUAGUGUCCCUUUAAAUUGUUAUUGGCGUAAAAAGUAAUAAAAAAAACAACACAUGUUAGCAUGAAGAGAUAUAUAAAUAAAAUUGUGAAACAAUUUUACAAAUAAUGUGAUAUUUUGUGUAUAUUCAUAAUGAGUAAAAAAAAAAAAACAGACUUUACUCUAACAAAUGUCUCAACCUGCAAUGGAAUACAAUUGAAUGUACCGUAAGUACUUUUUAUAACUAUUUAUUCACACUUGACAAGAGCAUACUAAACACCAUUAUUAAAUUGUUCAUAAAAUAAAAAUAAUCAUAGGAAUGAUGUACGUGCUCAACUUUACAAAAUGUGGACAGUUUUCAUUUUGGUUUUAUUGACUUGUCAACAAAAAAGGACGAAUGAUCACACAAAGUAUUGCUGACUAUACGAUUACAUUAACAAUAUAUGUCAUCCUCUGUUACAAUAGGUGGAAAAGAGAAUCUAACGUUAUCAGAAGGUCUGAACCAAGCAAAACUACCAAUAAUUGAUAACAAGACCUGCAGGCAGAAAAAGUUUUGGGGAGACCGAGUUCGCGACUCGAUGAUCUGUGCUGGAUUCAGAGACAUUGGUGGACCUCCUGCUGCCUGCCAGGUAACAACCUUUUGCACUCCAUCCAAUGGUGUAUUUAAAGGACCACUAUAGUGCCAGGAAAACAUACUCGUUUUCCUGGCACUAUAGUGCUCUGAGGGUGCCCCCACCCUUUAGGGUCCCACUCCCGCCAGGCUCUGGGGAGAGGAAGGGGUUAAAAUCUUACCUUUCUCCAGCGCCGGGAGGGGAGCUCUCCUCUCUUCCCCUUUGGCUGAAUGCACAUACGCGGCAGGAGCUGCGCGCACAUUCAGCCAGUCUCAUAGGAAAGCAUUCAUAAUGCUUUGCUGUGGACGCUGGCGUCUUCUCACUGUGAUUUUCACAGUGAGAAGCACACAAACGCCUCUAGCGGCUGUCAAUGAGACAGCCACUAGAGGAUUUAGAGGCUGGAUUAACCUAUUUAUAAACAUAGCAGUUUCUCUGAAACUGCUAUGUUUAUAAAAAAAAAGGUUAACCCUAGCUGGACCAGGCACCCAGACCACUUCAUUAAGCUGAAGUGGUCUGGGUGCCUAUAGUGGUCCUUUAAGUUCUUUAAGAUGCCAUAGAACUGAUUAUCUAUUAAUGUGAUAAGGUCACAUCACUUUAAUGGACACACUUCAACUAUGGAAAAAUGUCCAAGGCACGCCUAUCCUUUAAACCUUUAACUCUCACCAGCAACAUAUUAAUGUCACAUUUAAAGUCUUACUAAAGAAAUAUGCAGGCUUCUAUAUAAGCUGACUUUUAAGGUUUAAGGGUUUAAGAAAACAAUGUUUUUGGUGAGAGUAACCCUGCCUUUCCUGCUCUCCCUAAAAUAAAACAAAACAAAAAAGAAUGUAGUUAUAACUCACUAUGCAACUAUGUUGCAGCCCUAAGGCAAAGUUCUCCCAUCAGCUCAAUUGUCCUCCUCUCAUGUCAGUUCCCCUUGCUUAAAGAAACAGUUAUCAGUAGGGAGGGGGGCUGUCACCAGUAUAUGAAAUGGAAAACAUGCAAAGAAUUGAAAUUAGCCAGCCUGGUACUUUUGUUCUGGACUAGCUAAUGAUGCCCCAAUGACAAUGCUGAAACGCUGCACAAACAGACUGCAUUAACUAAUUGGAAUCACAAAUUUAAUGCUGAUAACCAUUAAACAAAAAAAAUUUUAAGGACUACAUUCCACCUGUUACAACCAUGAAGGUUGUUAGGGACAUUAGUGUAGUUGAAAACCAACGGUGCAGUUCAUUGUGUGACUACAUUAAAAUAUUGGGCACUCAACCAUUAAGCUGACAAAUAAUUAGACAUUACCAUUACUGUUUGUUUAUUUAUACAGCUAACUUCCUACCCCUGCAUAUUAUAUUCAAAUAAUAUUUCCCAUGGGUGCUAUGGUAAUUAUCUUGAGGAUAAAUCAUAAGAUAAACAGCACUCCUAUUUGAUGAAUUCAUUGAGAAUUAAUUUUCUCCCCACUCACACUUCCUCCAGGGAGAUCAGGUGCAUUUUAAACGAGGCCCAGAUGUAACUCUGUUCUUACUUAAAUCCUAACAUUCCUAAAUUCUGUGCUGCAACAUUCCUUUUGUAGAAUGUAAGAAAUGUAUCUUCACAGUGUGAAAAUGUCAAUGUGCACAUUGAAACUCAAUUUAAAUUUCUAUGUAUCUAUCUGUCUCUCUGUCUAUCUCUAGCAGCUACAUGCUCUCCUAUAGUAAAUAUUAUAAUAAAAGAUUGUGUUAAAAUUAACUAUUUUUUUCAGGGAGAUUCUGGGGGUCCACUUGUGUGCCAGAACGGAAGAGAACGCUGGGAGGUGCAUGGCAUAGUCAGUUUUGGGCCCAUCGGGUGCACAGUAGAAAACAAACCAAGCGUCUUCACCAAAACCUCAACCUAUAUUCCUUGGAUUGAGGCCACCAGGAUUCGCGAUUUCUUCCUACACUGAAGGCAAAAGCAGGAUCUGAAGUGUGGCAGCUGUUCAAAUCUUGGAUUGUAAAAAGGGAUUUAAGCUUGCUCUUCCUAGCUGGGAUUUAGUCUUAUCACAUGGCACGGCGUGUGAGUACAGUUUUCUCCGAGCUAUGUUACACUACAUUAAUGUGUGACUCAGGACCUCCUUGAGGUUUCAGUCACCGUAGAUAAAAAUGAACAGUCAGAACAGAUGUCCUAUAUCGUGUCAUCCUGAGUUUGGAGUUCCUAUAUAUCUCGUGCAAUACAGUAAAUGUUAACAGUGAUUUUUAACACUGUCUUCUCUACACACAAGACGAAUACUAAACAGACUGCGAGCUAUUUUGAACAAAGAUUCCCCUUUAAUAUAAUGCCAUGCUUUUAAACUGUGUAUCCCCCCCAAGUUAUAUAGUGUUAGUUUCACUAUCUUUGUGAAGCUUGAAUACCCCAAUGGCUCUACGUGAAUUAUAUUACAUAGGCCAUAUGUACAGUAUAGGUGGAGUUUAAGGAUGGUGAUAUUUUUCUGCUGCAUUGUACUUUUCGAAUAUCUCCCAUCAAUGUAGCACCUGCAUUAAUCCUGCUACUUUGAUAAAUGUCCGUUUGUCUUACAUUCGUGCAUAUAUGAUGCCACAUCAACACAGACUAUUUUAAAGAACUCACUAGAAUGACGGUAUCUCUGCAAAACCAAUGGUUCAUUUUAUGUUCAAGUAAAAAACAUCAUCAUGAGACGUAAUUUCAAAAAAAAUAAAAAGAGCAAUGGAUAUUUUUGAAUAUUUUUUUUAGAACUAAAGGAGGUCUGGAAUGUUAUGCUGAUAUGAACGGAGAAAUUAAAGUGUGCAAAAAUAUGUAAUGAAAGACAGAGAUAAGUAUGUUCUAAACCAUUCUAUUAAGGCAAUAAGAUCCCACAGGGUUACGAGUUUGGGGCUUCCCUUCAUCUUUCUCAUAGGGAUGGUAAGUGGUCAAGCAAAUUUAUGUUGCAUGGAGCACAUGUCUAAACCAUGGACGCUAGAUGGUCACCUUUAUGGUUAAUUCUGGGUUUUUUUCUUCCCAAAUGGAACUACUCCUGUUGAAUGUUUUCGGAAAUAUUUUUUGUACAAACUUUUAAUUGAUUUUUUUUAAAAGGAGAAGACCAGUGAGUGGUCCCUCUUUUUACAUUUCUACAGAUUUAGCUCACGGUUCUAAUUUGGAGUCUAUCUAUUUUUUUUUUGCCUGCUUCCAGCACUAUGGUUACCUUCCAUUUGUUGGUAUAAGAGGUCAUUGCAUAUGAUGUAAUUAAUGAAUGAGUUGAUCAAUUAAAAAUUAAGUUAUUUGCUGUUCUAAUGGCUGUCUGAGACUCUGUCUCUGCUGUCUCUGAGAUUUUUACAUCUUUAAAUUCCCCAAUAUUUUUCUGAUUAAUUAAUAGAGUAAUUUGAGUUAUCACUAGCAGUUCCAUCAUCUGAAAACUCUCCAUUCUAAGCAUUUUUGGUCCUUUUCGUUUAAGUGUGUCAUAAUGCUUAACUCUUCUCUCCUGUUAUCUUAUCAGACUCCUCCUUUGAAGAACCUGUAAUAUAAUUUUUUUUUCUCCCAUUUUUGCUACUUUUGACAAUAUAUUACAAUACUGCAUCUUUUCUUUAUAUAUAUUUCAAUCCAGUCACAUCAAGGUUUUGCAGAGAUACCCUGCACACAGCAUGCUAAUCAGACAGAUGGAACGUUUUAUGAUUUUAGACGUGGUUGAAUGCACUGUUUAUUUCAAGAAAACAACUUGUCUUGUAAAGAACAAAGAAUUUAACUGGUGGCUAACUGGUUAAAAUUCACAUCCAUAACGGUGCUAUGCAUCAUCUCAAUGUCAAUAAACGUGUGAGACAUUUAUAUUUAUUAAUGCCUAACUGCGUUUGCUCCUAUAGCUUAUGAAUUUAUUUUUUAUAUUAUUUUUGUAGAGGUAUUCAGGGCACCAAUACAAACCAUUAGAGUUGAAAUAUGAAGGUGCUGAGCUGUCCUUAAAGAAAAUGUGUUUUAAAGAAUGACUUGUUUUUAAUCUAGCUUUUGGCGCAAUAAAAGUCUUGACGCAAUCAUGAAA